UAUACCCUGUGUUCCUAAGAAUUUCUGGCUUUUCAUCGUAAGUCACUUUGAGCGUGACUAUUCUGUCGACCAACAGUAUGGCUCAUUUUAUUUUGCUUAUAUGUCUUUCGUUCCUUCUUGAAACAGUUUUAGGUAGCAUGACAGUAUCACUAUCAAACACUGGCCCAGCAGUUCUCGGGUCAAGCAUUUCAUUUACAGCCACAGUAUCCAAUUAUGAUGGUUCAACUCAGCUCAAGUACGUUUUCUGGGAUGAUGCCGAACCACAGCAUCGUGACGCAUUCAUACAAACAUCGAAUGUGACCAAAUGGAAUGUACAAUAUGGAAAAGAUGACUAUGAAGCAGGAGAAUACGCAGUUAAAGUUAAUGUUAAGAAACGCAUAAUUUUUGAUUUAUAUGUUGAUGUUGGUACAGCAGUAAAUACUUUUAAUUUAACAAGUGCACUUAGUGGAAAAAUGCUACUAAGUCAGAAUAACACGGAGCGUGAAAACAGCUUCGUAGCAGUUAACAAAACAGUUACACAUCGCAUCAUACUAUCCGAAAAUGACUUAGAAUUUCUGAAAAAGAAUACAUCUAGUGUUAUCACUUAUUGGUUCGUAGACUGUAUGUACGUCGAUAAUUCAGCGGAUUUCUCGUUCAACUAUACUUAUGGCGAUGUAAUGGGCAACCAUCACAUCGAUGCACUGGUAGUUGCCAAUCACGAUCCUUUGCCACCGUUGGUUACAACUACCACGACAACGACUGCCGCACCCACUACCACCACUACAACAACCACUCCAAAAUCUCCAAACUCUACGAUCCCGACUACUACCACAGAAAAAUCCAAACCAAUCAACGAAACUGUCACAGUUCUCAAGUCAACAAAUGGAACGGAUUUGGUUCACAAGCUGGCAAAAAGAGCGAUAUCGAACAAGACUAAGUUUAAAGGAAACCAUACUAUAACACUGCCUAAGAAUUUCAUUUGCAAAAAUUCCAAUGUGCCAAUUGGUCCUCAUGAAACUUAUGGACAUUUUCAAGCGACGAUAGGAGUUAGAGAACCAAUAAGCACACCACUAAACAUAACCGGCUUGAAUUGGCUACAGCACGGCGAUUUAAUGAACUUACAAGUAAAAUUUUCCGGUAGCCCUCCUUUUGACUACUGCGCCGAAUAUAAACUUGGACAAUACAAUAUAACAGGCAACGAGACCUGUCCAAAUACGGCUCGGACUGAGACUAAUCAUUUCCCCUUGCUGCAUUACUUCUCUGAUACUGAUUUACAUACUGUAGUUGUCAUUGUAAAGAAUGACCUUGGAAAGGUGGUGUCAAGAGCUACUGUCAAUAUUUAUAAAGCUAAGGUCCACGCGCAACUGUCGGUGAUCGUUGUGCCCGUGGUGUUCUGUUUAGUGGCUGUCACUCUGGUCAUUUUCGGUGUAGCCUACUACCAGCAAAGUUCUAGAUACACAGUAGAAGUAGCGGAUUUCGAUUUCGGGCAACAAUCGAAUUUCGACUACAAGACUUUUACUGAACGACUACGGGAUAGCUUCAAAAACGCAUUUAACUUCGGUCGGCAGGACGACACCGAUCCACUUACGCCCAACACUAGAUACGACUCCAUGACGUAAAGUUAGUGUAUAAUAUAAUUUAUGUGUAUGAAAUGAAACAAUGCUAAAAAGGUAUUUAUUCGCGUUCUCGUUUAUCUCGUUUAAAUGUGCUGGUGAAUUACAUGCACUUGGGACUUUUCAACUUAUGUAGCGGGGUGACGGGCGCAGUGGCAGUGUUCCUCAGAUGUUUGCGAUUUAACGCUCUGAGUGGAACUGCAACUGUUAUGGACAGGCGUGUCGUUUACCAUCAGGUGCACGACUUAUUCGUCGCGUCACUUCGUCUCAUAAAAAGAAGCUGUCGCUGUUUUUUUUUUGAAUUUACUUGAAUUCGACAGUAAGUUAUAGACAUCACAUGCUUUUUUGAGGAACGAAAAAACAAAACAAUAAUUGGUGUCAAUUAUGUUGCGCACAAUUUCUAGAUCUUACUCGUAUUUGUAAUGUCUGCAAACAUUGACUUGUUUAAAACAAUAAUUGAAAAAGUUUCUAACAAAUUUUUUGAAGAGUCUCGAAAAUGUUUUACGUUGUCAACUCGUCUUCAAGUUUAUAACGUCUGAACGCAUUAAAUUGUACCAAUUUAGUAUUCAAGUUUAAAUGAAAAUCCUCGAAGAGAGUGUAAUGUGAAGGCAGCGAGAAUAAAUUUCUUGAAAGAGCACCGUACGAAGAGUAAUUUGGACUAGUGUGAGCCAAAUAGAUAUUUAACUAAUAGCAGUAGUUAAUUAUCAUUUAACUUUUAUCAUUCCAUUUAACUUUUAUUAUUCUACAACUUUAUAUACAGACCUUAAAAAUGUUGCUUGACCUUUUAAAAUCAAGAAAUAUGAACUUGUGACUCAAUUCCUUAUUACGAUGCCCACUUGAGCAAAAUGAUUAAACGCUUCACAGUAUUAAAAAUUAGCCAUUUAAGCUUAAGAAUUCGGUAAAAUCGAUUAAUUCAUAGUUAAUUUAGAGAAUAAAAAACAAAAUAGUGGGCGCUCAGGUUCAACAGUUGUUUAAGUAAUUUAUGACAUAUAAAUCGUAUUUUAUGGAAUAUUAAUUGUCUUUAAUGUUUCGCAGUUACAUUGUUAUUUGUUAUCCUUACUUAUAAUUUUAUCAAUGCGUCUACAUUAUACAGUUUUUAGUAAUUGUGCAGUCAUCGUAAUUUUUAUUGUUAUAUUGUUGUAAAUUAUGUGUGAGAAUUUCUCAUACCUUUCCUAUAUAUAUAUUAAUUUUAGUCGAACAUUACUUGUCCGCGCUGACGGUAUUUUUCUCAGUUAUACAUAUACAGAGUGUUUUUUUAUAUGAUACAGUAUGAGGAAAUCCGAAACCAUACCAAAUACAAGGAAGUUUUCUUUCACAAAAAAAAAGUUAAUGGUGCCUGAGACAGUUGUCUUAGGCACCAUUAAGUUUUUUUUUUGGCAUAAGUAAAUUUUUGAUCAAGCGUGUGUUGUGAAUAAAAUUGAUCAAAAUUUUUUUUAGUGCUAAUCGACUCAGUUUCAUGAAGGGAGCAUUUUAUUAUAAAGGACGAAAACAAUCGGGACAGCCGAAGUUGGUCAAAUUUCAUAAAAUAAUUUUCAUACAAAAUGAAUAAAAUUGACUAUUUUCUAAUGCUGUUUUUCUAGUCUCGGUUUUUUAUAAUAAUGA